AAGGACAGCCGUUCUCGUUUCUGGGGGGUGUAUAAAAGAGUUGCAGAGGAACACGACAACGAGUUCCUCGAGCGAUACACUACUGACAUGGACAUCGUCUUGAUCUUCUCUGGUCUUUUUUCUGCUGUCAGCACAUCUUUCAUCGUCGCGAUGGAGUCCAAUCUGAGUCCUGACCCUAGCGACAUCACAAAUGCUCUUUUGAAACAACUCGUCCAGAUCGGACUCGGCAACCUCGCUCAAGUGGGCUCUACUCCAGCAGACCCAGCAUCUACAUGGUCGCCGAGCGCCCAGACCCUAUGGGUUCAAACUGUCGCAUACGCAAGCUUGUCCAUGAGCUUGCUCGCUGCAUUUGGGGCCGUACUGGGCAAGCAGUGG